ACCCCUUCUUCUGUUGAAGAACAAGAGGUUUUAAAAGAAACCUCCUCUUCCAAUGAAGAUCAAGAGGUUUUGAAAGAAGCUCCCACUUCUGUUGAUGAACAAAAAGUUUUAAAAGAAACCCCCUCUUCAGAUAGAGAUCAAGAAAAUUUAAAAGAAACCCCUUCUUCAGACGGAGAACAGAUUUUGAAAGAUACUCAAACUAUUGAAGGAAAACAGGAGGUUCUCUUGACAGAAUCAGAAAUCAAAGUAGAACCAGAGGAUACUCAAGAAUCUGAAUAUGGUGAAUUAAAUGGCUCUAUAAUUAUUUUAAGCGAUGACGAAGACGAAUUACCAGUACCUUUAUCAAUACCUCUAUCAGCAUCAUCUCAUGCAAAAGAACUCAUUAAUUGUCUAAAUGAAUCACGCUACUGUAUACCAAAGCGCUGUUCAUCUACUUUGGCUUAUUAUGAUGGCUAUUUACCUGUUAACUUACCAGAUCGCCGAAGCGUAUCUGUUCCAAGGGAGAUCAACUUAGCAUGUGAAAAAAAACCAAAACCAAUACUACCAGUCUCGGCUUAUAUCGAUUUAUUAUCUGAUAGUUCUGAUGAGAAUGAUAGUGAUUGUUCAUCAGAAAAUAAAUUGCGACCUAAUCUCAAACGUAAAAGAAGUCUGAAUAAUUUACUACACAAUUUUGAGAUAGAAAAUACAAGAAAAACAAUGAAACCUGGGCCUAAGUCUAAAACUAGAAAUAUUGCCACAGUUCAUGAAAUGAUAACUGAAGCAAAACUGUUAGGAUUAGGUCCAUCAAUGGAAUCUGACACUUCUGAUGAUGAUUCAGAUAUGUCAGAUGAAGAAAGUGAAUUAUAUAUUAUGGAUACUAUAGAUCUUAUGUCUGCAACUGAUGAUGAACCUGAUGAUGGUGAUUUAAAACCUGAGGCCGAUGAUGAUGGUAAGAAAGAUUGUUUAUCUGAUGAUGUAAAAGAAAAUUCGAUCAAUGGUGAAAAUAAAAUGAUUGAUAACAAAUUAAGUGCAACAUUAGAUGAUGAGACCAAUGGAAAUGAAGUAUUAGAAAAAGCAAUUGAUUCAAACAUAAUAAAAGAAGAUGAAAAUAUGGAAAACAAAGAAUUGAAAAGUAUGGAAGUUCAUCCAAAUCAAAUGACAGAAGAUAAAAGUUGCAGUGAUGAAAUAGAAAAAAAAAAUAACUUAAAUGAUACAAAUGAACUAUUAAAAGUUGGAGAAUAAAAAUUUUAAUUAUUUUCCAAAUCAAACGUUAUAAGAUAAGAACGAGAAUGUUUAAAGGUAAUUAUGUAAAUAAAAAUAUUUUAAAUCAUUCCAAAGCAAGAAUUAAACAAAUUAAUUAAAUAAUUUCCAUUUUUUAAUAUCAAUUAAUGUAAUGAAACCGUAUAAUGAUCAUCACAACUGAA